CAACAGAGUUUUGAAGAAUUAAAGAGGAAGCUCACUAAAACCUCUGUACUUGCACUUCCCAACUUUGACCUAAUGUUUGAAGUAGAUUGUGAUGCUUAUAAUGUUGGAAUUGGUGCAGUGUUGAGUCAAGAAGGUCGACACAUUGCCUUCUUCAGUGAAAAGUUGAAUGACAUAAAGCUCAGAUAUUCCACUUAUGACAAAGAAUUCUAUCCAAUUGUUCGAGCCUUGGAGCAUUGGAGUCAUUAUCUUCUUUCCAAAGAAUUCAUCUUGCACUCUGACCAUGAGGCAUUGAAGCACCUGAAUUCCCAACAGAAGAUCAGUCGCCGACAUGCUGCUUGGAGUGAAUUUCUACAAGCUUAUCCUUUCCUCCUCAAAUACAAAUCUGGAGUCCAGAAUCGUGUAGCUGAUGCUUUGAGUCGCCAACAUGCCUUGCUUACUUCCUUACAAAUGAAAGUCACUGGAUUUGAAGUGAUCAAGGAGUUGUAUGAGGAUGAUCAUGAUUUUAGCAACAUUUGGCAAGCCACUCCUAAUCAAGUCUUUCAGCAAUAUCAUCGCCAGCAAGAUUACCUCUUCAAGGACAAGACUUUAGCUCUUGUUGAAGAAAGUUUUUACUGGCCAAAGUUGGAGCAGAAUGUCAUUCGUCACAUUCAAAGAUGCAAAGUUUGUCACCAAGUCAAGACAAUCAAUGAAAACACAGGGUUGUAUCUACCAUUGCCUAUCCCAACUUCACCUUGGGAAGAUGUUAGUAUGGAUUUUGUCCUUGGUCUACCACGAACUCAACAAAGCAAGGAUUCUAUCAUGGUCGUGGUUGACAAAUUUUCUAAAAUGGCUCACUUUAUUGCUUGUCAGAAAACUAAUGAUGCUUCUCUCAUUACUGAGUUAUAUUUUAGAGAGAUUGUGCAUCUACAUGGAGUUCCAAAGACCAUCACUUCAAAUAGAAAUGUGAAGUUCAUGAGUCAUUUUUGGAGGACUUUAUGGAGAAAGAUGGGCACUCAACUCCAGUUUAGUUCUGCUAGCCAUCCCCAAACCGAUGGGCAAACUGAAGCUAUCAAUAGGAUUUUGGGGAAUCUACUACGAAGUUUUGUGGGAAAGAAUUUGCGACAAUGGGAUCUUCUGCUUGCCCAAGCUGAGUUUGCCUACAACAACUCUUCGAAUCAAGCUACGGGAAAAUGCCCAUUUGAAGUAGUAUAUGGAGUGCGUCCUCUCAAUCCUUUAGAUCUUGCUCCAUUGCCCACAACCCGACCAUUUAGUGCAGAUGCUGAACAACGAGCCAAGGAGAUCAAGAAACUUCAUGAAGAAGUUCGUGAGAAGCUACAACGUCAAACCAUUAGGUUAGUUAAAGCUACAAGGUACAGUGAUGCUAUUGCAGCUUUUUUCAACACAUGGGAGAAAUUCGGUGUUAGCCGAGAUGGAGAGGCAAUUGCCGUGUUAAUGGCUGCUUUGGUUAAGGGGAAUGCCUUAGACAGUGUUGAUCAUGCUUAUCAAGUGUUUUUUGAGUUCAAGGAACUUAUACCUUGACUUCAAUUUGUUUCAAUAUCUUGAUAAAUGGUUUUUGCGAAGCUAAGAAGCUAGAAGAUGCCAGGAUGAUUAUGGAUGAAAUGGAGAAACAUGGGUAUCAAUCCAGUGUUGCUUCUUAUACCAGCUUUAUUGAGGCUAACCGUCGUGAAAAGGAUCUUAGGCUGAAAUAAACCAUCAACCAUGGU